AUUGCAGGUGGCGUGAAGAAUGCAACCCACAGAUAUGACCUGCCUCCACCUCCACUGGCUGUGCGCAACCUGGUGCAGCAGGCGCAGUUUGCGCACCUGUGCACGGUGAUGUCGGGGAUGCACCACCGGCGGGCGGGGUACCCCUUUGGCACGCUGGUGGACUUUGCGGCGGACGAGGCGGGCUACCCCAUAUUCUGCCUGUCCCCGCUGGCGAUCCACACGCGCAACAUCAUGGAGGACCCGCGCUGCAGCCUGGUUGUGCAGAUGCCUGGCUGGACCGGCCUGGCCAACGCGCGCGUCACCAUCUUCGGCGACGUCUACCAGCUGCCCCAGCACCUGCAGGAGCCUGCCCGCGAUAUUUUCCUCCACAAGCAGGCGACAGAAAAGAAGAACAGAUGGGUGAGCGGCAACUUCAUGUUCUUCCGGAUGCACAGCAUAUCGGACAUCUACUUUGUGGGCGGCUUUGGCACAGUGCAGUGGGUGGAUGUGGGCGAGUAUGUGGCAGCCAAGCCCGACGAGAUAGUGACAUCAGACCCCCACCACACACUGCAGGUCCUGAACGAGACCCACUCUGAGGGGCUGAGGCAAGCCCUGUCGCGGCCUGGCAGCGCUGUGGACGAUGCGGCCUUCAUUUCCAUAGACAGGCUGGGAGCAGAUGUGCGCGUCCGGCGAGCCACUGACUACAUCGUGGAGCGGCUGACAUUCCCCACAGUGAGAUCCGCAUCAGCACCUCCAGAAUAUUGCAGUGCAUGGUAUUUUGCAUGA